GAACAUAAAUCAUCUUGACACACGAAAAACACACAUUUUAUUUUCACUGACAUUGAAGAGAAGAGAUCAUAUUCUUUAUUUUUUUACUUUUUCACAAAAAUGGCUGACCUUUAUAAAACUAAAUCCACAACUAUAUUAGUACCUGAAGAUGUAAAUGAGUCGGUUUAUAAAUUGAAGAUUUUUAAUAGUUCUAUGAAUGUUUUGGUUCAUAUUUUAAUUGGAAUUAUUGUGGGCGUGACAGUGAUAUUGGUGUAUAGUUUUGGAUCACCCCCCAGUUGGGGAAUGCUUCAUAUGCUGCUAUGUGUUAUUGGAUACCAACUCCUGAUGGCGGAAGGAAUACUGAGCCUGUCUCCUGACAACGGGUGGUCCUCAUUCAUGAAACUAAGGGACAAGAAACGAGCCCAUUGGAUAUUGCAAAUUGUUGGCUCUGUUCUAGCCAUUAUUGGGACUGUUAUGGAGAUCAUGCAGAAGAACGUGCAUUUUGACUCUUUACAUGGGAAAUAUGGACUGGUGGCAAUGGUGUUCACAAUUCUAUCAUUGAUCAACGGCCUAACGUCAUUAUAUGCGUAUGAGUGUCGAAAAAUUAUACCCCCGAUAGUUUCCAAAGUUAGCCAUAGUUUGUUUGGAUGCUUUGCAUUUGUCACCUCGUCUAUAUCUUUAUGUUAUGGGUUUGAUAUGCAAUGGUUCAGGGAAUGGUUAAUUAUUGAAGAAUUAGGAACAGUCAUAAUAGUAUUUACUGCUUUAUUUACUUUCAUUGUUAUUAUUAAUCCAUUUGCAGUUUUAUACACUAAAUAUGUAAGUAAAAGAUGAUUUGAAAACUUGU